AUGUGGAAGAGACAUGCUCAGAUCCUGGGCCUGCUGCUCUGCACUCUGGGCUGCUGUUUUGUAGGAUGUACUCUCGCUAUGGACCACUGGAGGGUGGCCCAGCUGGGAGGCGAGGGAGGCUCCUCAGUAGUGGUGACAGCUUGGUACUGGUCCGACCUGUGGAGGGACUGCUACGAAGACUCCACAGCUGUAGUGAACUGUGUGGACUUUGGGGUUCUGUGGACGGUCAAAUCAUACAUCCUGGUGGUCAGGGGGCUCCUGUUCUGUGGCUUAUUCCUCGGUUUGUUCGGCACAGUGCUCACGUUUUUCGGCAUGGAGUGCACACGCCUCAGCAGUGACCAGAAAAGUAAGGACAGGAUGUUAAUCACGGCGUCUGCUCUCCACCUGAUGGGCUGUGUAUCAGACCUGACUGGUUAUUGUUUAUACAUAAACAGAGUGGUUGAGGUGUUUUUACACAUCAAGGCAGACCCAGCAAAACUGAGUUAUGACAUCGGCCUACCUCUAUACCUCGGCCUUGUUGGAAGUUUCUUCAUUUUCCUCGGCUGUAUCUUUCAGUGUGCCACAGCAUGUAGAGUUAUACAUCAAAACAGCAGACAUCCCAUGAUUCUCUUCAUCGCUGAAAAAGGAGAAGAAACAGAAAUCUUCAGAGGACAUAAACACAUCCGUGCACCAUCAAGACUGUCAGAUGGCUUCAGAAACACUCUGUCCUUUAAGAUGGCUUCUGUUGUGACAGUGUAA